AUGUGCAGCAGCAAUGGCGAUCUGCUCAGCGUCGACUACGCCGAGCUGGAUCCUACCCGCACCGGGCAGGCGGGCACUUUGGACGAAAAGUCUUCGACGGUGAUCCAUGGACAUGGACGCGGACGUUGGACGCUACCGCCAGUGCCACACGACACUGCACGCUUCUUGACGCUAAUUGCCCUCAUCUGUGCCUCGCCAUGUCGCGGCGUCGCCCACCUCACCUUGCUCGACGAACCACGCUAG